AUGGAUAACUGUGAGAUGUAUGAAAAUACCUCCAAAUGCAUUGCGAGCUCCAAAAGCAUGGAAUGCUUCAUGGUGCUCAGCACACAAGCACAGAAGAUCAGCAUUGCCACACUUUGUGGCCUCUUUGGAACACUGUGCAUUUUUGAGAACUGUCUGGUGCUUUACCUGAUCUUCUCCUCCUCUGGCACAAGGAGAAAGCCUUCUUACAUCUUCAUCAGCAGCCUGGCCUUGGCGGACCUCUUGGCCAGCAUCAUCUUUGUAGGAAGUUUUGUUAACUUCCAUGUCUUUAAUGAAACUGAUUCUUCUAAAGAAUUGUUCCUGCUGAAGCUGGGAGGGGUGAACACAUCUUUCACGGCCUCCCUGAGCAGCUUGCUGCUAACAGCCCUGGACCGCUACAUCUCCAUCAGCCGCCCCUCCAAAUACAAGCUGCUUGUGACGAGAAAGAGAGCGUGGACAGCGCUAGGAGUGCUCUGGCUGGGAUGUGUGGCCAAUGCCUUCCUGCCUCUGAUGGGCUGGAACUGCUGCACACUCAACUCAGCCUGUUCCGAGCUGUUCCCUUUUGUGGACAAUAAUUAUCUGUUCACUUGGAUCUGUCUUGUCUUGAUUUUGCUGGGGUGUAUUGUCUGCGCUUACUCACAUGUGCUGUGGAGGGCUCACCAGCAUGUGGCAUACAUGGAGAAACACCAGGUGCAUGUGGGAAAGCAGAACGCCAGGAUGAGGAUGGACAUCAUGCUGGCCAAGACCCUCGUCAUGGUGCUGACCGUCCUUGUGCUGUGCUGGUUGCCGGCCCUAAUUCUCAUGAUUUACAGCAUCUUUGUAAGUCUGAACAAUCACCUGCGCAAGGUGUUUGCCUUCUGCUGCACCCUCUGCCUACUCAAUUCUAUGGUGAACCCGAUUAUUUAUGCCCUGCGGAGCAAGGAGCUGUAUUCCUCCCUGAGGAUGCACCUUUCCCGAUGCAGGAGGCAGCUGAGGACCUCAAAUGACAGCCCGGAAGCAGAGAGCGCUCACAGGUCCUCCAUGAUAGAGACCGUCUGUGAGGACAUACAUGCCAUGUAGGGAUGCAGUGCCAGGAAGUCUGAGCUCAGCUGGAGUGUGGAUCAUUUCUCUUUCAGAUUGUUUUUAUUUUCUGUCCUUGUAGAAGUCCUGGGAGA